GCAGUUCCCCCCGUUCAGCCGGGCACCAACAAAGCCCGUCCGCUCUUUGACAGCUCUCUACUCGACACCAGACUGCUGCACCCACACCCGGCGACGUGUCAUCCACCCGUUAACUGUGUGACACUCAAGUUUACACGAUGAGUGUGAGCUGACGACGUGGACCAUUAGUUUUUUUAGCUCUAAACGAUGUUCCGACCUAGCUUACUUCCUUUUUCCAGCUAGUAAGCUCGUUAGCUAACCAACUAGCAUCGCUGACGGAGAACUAGCAACUUGGUAGCGGGGCAAGCAACAGGGACCCUCCCGGCACUGUGGUGGCUGCCAGAGGUCAGCCACACUGUCUCACCGUUUGGGGUCAUCUGGAGUCCUCCGUGGACAUGUGCUGGUCGUAACAACACUGGCUCAACUGCACAACAACCAGGGUGGAAGCAUGGGCAUGGAAUUAGGGGGUAGCUAGCCGUUUCUCUCCCAAAACGAGGAUGACCUGGUCUGUUUGACUUCGUGUUGGGCAAAGAGCAGGAGUUUGUUGUGAAAACUUAACCAGAUGCAAGACUUCAUGAGGAGAUUUGGAGAUAAACUUUGCUGGAGUUUGGGCCCCCCGUCUGCCACAGGGAUGAUACUAAAGACACUGCUGAUCACCAGCCUUCUGGGCUGGGCGAAAUGUCAAGAGAGUCACAGUAUGACAGCAGAGGAGAUGACUGUUAUCAGGAACCAAAUUAUUGAGAUGUUUGACCACGCUUACGGCAGUUACAUGAAAUAUGCCUAUCCAGCAGAUGAGCUGAUGCCUCUAAGCUGCAGAGGGAGAGUGCGAGGGCAAGAGCCCAACAGAGGGGACAUAGAUGACUCCUUGGGGAAGUUUUCUCUCACUCUGAUUGACACCCUUGAUACCCUGGUGGUGUUGAACAAGCUCGAUGAGUUUGAGGACGCUGUGAGGAAAGCUGUGAAGGAUGUUCGCCUGGACAACGAUGUGGUGGUUUCAGUGUUUGAGACCAAUAUCAGGGUUUUAGGUGGGCUUUUGGGUGGUCAUGUGAUGGCAGACCUGCUACGGCAGCGUGGAGACAGGAUGCAGUGGUAUCAGGAUGAGCUCCUACACAUGGCCAAAGAGCUGGGCCACCGAUUACUGCCUGCCUUCAACACCACAAGUGGCCUUCCCUACCCAAAGGUGAAUCUACGGUAUGGUGUCCUCAACCCACUUUCACGAACGGGCACUGAAUCAGACACCUGCACAGCAUGUGCAGGAACAAUGAUCCUAGAGUUUGCUGCCCUCAGCAGAUUGUCAGGAGAGUCUGUGUUUGAGGAACAUGCGAGGAAAGCUCUGGAUGUCCUCUGGGAGCGGAGACAGAGAGGAAGUGACUUAGUGGGGACUGUCAUCAAUAUCCAUAAUGGAGAAUGGGUCCGGAGGGACAGUGGAGUUGGUGCUGGUAUCGACUCGUACUACGAGUACCUGAUGAAGGCCUACAUCCUUCUAGGAGACAAUGUUUUUCUGGAGAGGUUCAACGUUCACUACAGUGCCAUUAUGAAGUACAUCAGUCAGCCUCCGCUUCUACUCAAUGUACACAUGCACAACCCCACUGUGAGUGUGCGGAGCUGGAUGGACUCUCUCCUGGCAUUCUUCCCUGGCUUACAGGUUUUGAGAGGAGAUCUGAAACCAGCCAUUGAAACUCAUGAGAUGCUUUAUCAAGUCACCAAACAACACAAGUUUCUUCCAGAGGCUUUCACCACAGAGUUCAGAGUUCACUGGGGCCAACACCUACUGAGACCAGAAUUUGCAGAAAGCACCUACUACCUCUAUAAGGCCACUGGCGACCCCUACUACCUCAGAGUGGGACAGUCCAUAGUGGAAAAACUCAAUGCCUACGCCAGGGUGCCUUGUGGGUUUGCUGCUGUGCAAGAUGUCCGCACUGGGACACAUGAAGACAGGAUGGAUUCGUUCUUUUUGGCAGAGAUGUUUAAAUACCUGUACCUGCUGUUUUCGGAGAAGAACGAGCUGCCAAUUGACAUCGACGACUACAUCUUCACCACAGAGGCUCAUCUUCUGCCUGUCUCUCUCUCCACCACUCAGCCACCCUGUCAAGGCAACAAUACGGAGACUGUUCCUGUUUCUCACGAAGAAGAUCUGUUUACACACUCCUGUCCCAGCACAGAGACGUUGUUCCCUAACAACCCUUCAUUUGCCAAAACCAUCCGGGACAGCUACAAGUACCUCACUGGGGUGGGACGAGCCUUCCACCCUCUUCCUAUCAGGGAAAUUGAACUACCACUUCAUGAUAAUGGCAUGGAGCCAGUUGAGUUCUUGAAAAGCAUGGGCAUUUCUCUCACUCCACUGAAUGAAGUCACUGCAGGAGACACUGGAAGUCUGAAGGAGCAUAAAGGAGUGUACCGAGUAAAACUUGUAGCAGAAGUAAGCCAGACCCCAGAGGAGGAGGUGGUGGUGCCUCAUGUUGUCCAGCUCAUAUCUCCUCCAUUUCUGGGUAGGACAGUCCUCACUGCAGGACCUGCCAAGUUUGGAAUGGACCUCAUGAAGCAAGAGCACGGGGUGAAGGGCAGCAUCGUCAAAGCUUCUCCGUACACUGCAUGUGGGCCAAUUGAUAAUGCAGUGGAGCUUAAAGGUCAUAUCGCACUGGCACUGCGUGGCGACUGCAUGUUCGCUGCAAAGGCUCGUUGGCUGCAGGAGGCGGGAGCUAUAGGAGUGAUCUUUAUAGACCACCAUGAAGGAAGUAAUAGUGAGGAAACUCCCCUCUUCCAGAUGGUUGGAGAUGGUGACUCCACUGAAGACAUCACCCUGCCUUUGGUGUUCCUGUUCAGCCGCGAGGGUGCCGUGCUCACAGCCGCCCUGGAGAAGCAUCACAAUGUGGAUGUGUUGCUGCUGCCGAAGGAGAGGCAGCUUGGACACGAUAAGACAGAAAAACCUGUCAGCAUGAACAUAAAACUCCGCCUGGCAGAGGAGGGGGAGCUGGAGGAAGGAGCAGCUAGUGGACCCACCCUGGAGCUCGUCUUGGAGAACGACGAGUUGCUUCUUAAGGAAGAGGUGGAGGAAGACCUCAGAGGAGAACGACAAUCACAGCAGCAGCAGCAUUUCUGCUCUAAAGCAACAGAAGAUGACAGAACUGAACCAUGUUCAGCAGAUUCGUCUGCAACCCCAAACUCUAACAGCGGACCAGACACAAAUCCUUGAUCCUGAAGCAGCCAAGUUUCCCAACACUGGUUCUUUGACACUUUCUGAAUGGUGCGUGCCUCAGAGCCCCUCACUGCCCUACAGCACACGGAGCCCUAACUGAGACAUCCUGCAUGUUUACGACUGAUGGAGGACAGUCUAGGAGCAUCACAGCCCUGCUCACAUCCUACCUUGACUCUGACACCUUCAGACGGCUCUGUAUUUCUUCAACGUGGAGAUUCUGUUCUGUCUGGUGCAGGAAAUGAGGGAGUUUGUGUUCUCAUGAGACCAAACUAGGCAGUCAAAGGCCAAAAGCUGUUGGUUAACAACAAUUGGCUAUUGCUGACUAAACCUAAACCUAAAAUCCUAGCCUGUAGUGUUGCUGUUUUAGGCACAUAUAAGGUGUUCGUGGUGAUGAUGACAUAGAUAAUUGAGUAGAAUUAAAAAAGACCUCAUCCUCGAGAAACACAUAGAUUAAGGCAACAGAAAAUGUACUCAGCUACAUUUUUAUGCAAUGCAGUUUGUUUUUAAUCUAGAUUGCACCUUUUACUUCAACCAGUACUGUUUUGGUGUUCACUAAUGGUGAGUGGAAUAUCACCGGGCCAGUAGGUGGUGUAAGCUACCAUAACUUCUCAGUAAUAUAAUGUUAGGGGAUGAAGGACACAAACUGGGGCUAAUUUUGAAGGUUUGUUUUAUUUCAUACUAGUAAGAAACUUCAGGGAAUUUCACGUGUGAAUGCAGUUUGCAAGUUUGACCCAUUUGAAGAAGUGUGUGCGUGUGUGUGUGUGUGUGUGUGUGCGUGCGUGCGCGUUCUGCAUUGCCUUUUUUUUUUUUUUUUUUUUUUUUGCUAUAAUGUGAGCAUGUGUGUACGAGGUGUGUAAAAUCUGUAAUACCCAAGAAGGCAUCUCAGCUGAAAUAUCAUUGUUGUCGGGAGGACUGACCACCAUGAAUCUCAUAACAUUCAGUUAGAAAUUAUUUGGCUACUUUUACAACCCAGAAGUAACAGAUUCGUGAGUGAUCCCACCUUUGAGUCAUUGAAAAAGUUCUCAAAGCUGAUAUUCUUGCAGCUGAAGUCUAUAGAUAACUCUGAUUCUGGUUAGUUCCAGGUGCAGCAUCACAGGUUGGUCUGCAGUCCUGACUGCUAUGCACUUUGAAACACUGAUAUGAAACGACCAUUCAGGCCAGGCGUCUUUACAUUUGUUUGUGUGUAGUGCAAUAACUAAUUGUAAUCGCCAGCAGUCAUUCAUUGUCACAUUUACACUGUGUACUGAGGCAAUGCCUAUAUCCACAUUCGAUUGAAGAAAAAUUUGACUUGGGUAGUAGUAAAGCAUAAAAAAGUUUAGUGAUCGUUAGGUUUGCUGGAGUAUGGCGAGGUUUUGCACCAUCUGAUGUGUGAUAACAAACUGGAAACACAAGUCGAAGCCUCAUUGUUCCUGAAGUCUGACUGAACUCUUUCCUGAAUGCUUUUUGUAUCCAGAUAUGUUGUUUUGUCAGGACUUAAAUGUCACACAGGGGAAACCAUUUCCCAUUACAUCUUUAUGCAGCAAUUGAGAACCAAGCAUAACUCUUUAUUAAGUUAUUUUGUAUUCACAUACUUUACUCUCACUAAUGAUUUUGAACUUUUGUGGUAGAUUGAAAUGUGAGCUGAUGUUUGUGUGGAGAAAAAACUGAUGCCAGAAAAUGUUUUAUGUCUGUACAGUGGACCGUUUAAUGAUGCUGCUGAGCUAAUUUAAAGUCUUAAUCCUAUGUAUUUUAUUUUUUGUUUAGCCUUUGCCAACCCGUAUACCUCAGGACUCUGUACAUUACUUUUCAUACACAUGAAAGGACCAUAGAAAUGAAACAGGAUUUUUUUUAAGACUAUUUUAAUUCCUGAGGGUUUUAUUUGGGUCGGUGACUAAAGCUCAAAAAGUGCCAAAAGAGAUGCAUGACAUCUUCUCUGUAUUCAGUUUCUGAGAUGUGAGCUGAGGCAGUUUUGUCAAUAAAUUCCACAUCAUGAUUUCCAAGUUUAA